GAAAAAGGAAAUGUAAUCCGCCAAACUCCGCAAUCAUUUUCCUCCGCGAACUUUACAACUCUAUUCUGUACAUGUAACUAUCAAGGGCCAAUCGCUGCAAACCCCGGUCCGGACGCCCGUCUGAGUAGGUACAGCUGGAUGAAAUCGGUCCAUCUCGAUUGGAGACGACUUCAUCCUGCCCUCGAGACAGUAUCGCGGUUAUGUUGAGGGAUGUCUGAGCAUGAUACGCCCGGCGAGAUAUGGACGAGUCCUCUGCCGUCGCUCUUAGACAUCAGCGUUGCGAGGCGUGCUGGCCAAAGAGGCCUCGAUGAAGACAUAGGAGAAAGUCAAGAUGACUCUAUCCGAUCCAUCUCAAUUGCCCCGUCGUUGAGUCAACAUGGAAUCGGCAGACCUUUCGAAGACAGAGAGAAGGCGAGGCUAUUCAUGCACUAUAUUCAUGAUCUCUCUACAUGGAUUACUACAGGUAGACAUAUGCGACAAACGUCGACAUUUCGGAACAGAAGUGCCCAAAAGAGCUUGCAAUUCACCUCUGCUGGCAUACGCGAUUAUAGCACUGGCAUCUCGAAGUCUUUGUUGUAUCAAGGGAACCGAAGAUUCCAAACCUUCGACAUACUACAGCCAUGCCUUGCAGAUCUUGAUUCCGAUACUAGGCAGCUCUACAGAAGCCCUCAACGAAGAAGUCCUUGCCGCGAUUGUGAUAUUGAGACAAUACGAAGAGAUGACUGAUACCGACUUUGGCGUUCACUUAUCAGGCAGCUCCAAGCUGCUCAACUCCAUGUUCAGCCUAGCAAGCAAAGGUGGACUUGGGGAGGCAGCAAGCUGGAUUGUGUUGCGCCAGGACUAUUGGGUCGCCCUGGUCAAGUCUCAACCCCUAAGCAUUAACCUGGACAGCUACAAAGGUUCAAGCUCGUUUGUCGUAUCGGACCCUGAGUGCCUCGCCAACCGCGCCGUCUUUCUAUGCGCACAAGCUUGCGCGUACGCCUUUCAGCCCACCAUGGUCAGAGACCUCAAUCGAUGGAACAAACUUAAUCAGGAGCUGGGAGACUGGCUUGUCUCUAAUCCGUGGCACGCGGACCCUCUCUGGGUAGACCCGCCGCAUGAUACAACUGCCAACGGGUCCGCGUUUCCUACAGUAUGGAUGACGCAUCCUGCUCAUGUGGUGGGAUACCAGCAUUACAGCCUUGCACGCAUGAUUCUACAUAUAUUCAAUCCAUACUUGAGCAAACCGAGUCUUGAUACAUUCAGGCGGAGGAGGGAAUCAGAGCAAGCAGUUCUCGACAACUUCCGCCUACUUUUAGGCCUCGCAAUCAGCAACCCGUUAGUAGUCAACGCCAGUUUCACGGCAGCUCAUGCAUUGAGAGCUUGCGGACUGUAUCUUACGGACCCGAAAGAGCAACGCGAAAGCUUGGACUUGCUCGAAAAAAUACAUCAGCGGACUGGAUGGCGGACGAAGGACCUGGAGGAGCAACUGAACUCACAGUGGUCACAAGACAGUUGCAAUAGUGCCUUUGGUCAUCUCUUUGCAGAGGCCCGAAAAUGAUAUGAUCAAGAGUCAUUCAGUACUCCCUCGUCUCUAGUGCAACUUUUGCCGAGAAGAAGCUUUGAGCUCAUGUCUGGUGCAAUCGUUAGGUUUCGGCACAGUCCAUUCUGCCUGCCGGGCACGUCUAUUUUCUGGCAGGUAAAUUGCGACCAUUUCUUCCAAGACAUGUGACGAGU